UUGAGGAGACUUAUAAUAGAUUUUCUGCUCGCGGACACUGGACGACAUGCCCUGAAAUGUUUCCAAACGAAAGCGAAGAGCAUCUUGAUUCUUUUAAGAAGGGGAACCAAAGGAUCCUUCUCUCAUCCGCCAAAGAUAUCGAUUGGCGAUUUGAUGAAUCAAAAGUUUUUUUGGUUAUAAUUGGUGAUCUUUCGAGUGAUAUGACUUAUGAACAAUAUUAUAAAAGAAUUAGUCGUGCCGGGCGACACGGUGUAGGUUUUGUGCUAAACCUUGUUAAAGGGGAGGAGGAGGACAAAGCGGUUAAUGUCUUUGAAAGGUUUUAUCUCAAACGCACAAUGCUUAAGUUUGACCGGGAUAUGACAAUGAAAGAAGUCUUUGGGGAAUAUGUGAAUCAACCUGAUCAAUUGAACAAAGGAAAAGGAAAAGAGAAAAUAUAGAUGUGAUCUUUGCAUGUGUCUUGAUCAAGAGGAAAGAUUGAAGAGAAGAAAAAUGGGACUAUCAGUUUAUUUUUUUAUUUUUUUUUUUUUUUUUGACUUUUGCGUAUGAUUAGUAGAGGGAAAGACCCUAGUAUGCUUUAUAUCAAACGGGUUGAUCAAACUUUUGUUGUUUGAAAGUGUGAUUUGCAUAUGAUGAUGAAUGAUUUUUGUAGUCA